CUCACGCGCUUUGUGGUAGAAAUGCGAAACAGUACUAGUUAUUCGCUUAGUGGAGACGGUGGCUGCGCAAAGUGCUCCAAAGUCCUUUUGUUUCAAAAGAAAUCUUAUUCAAAGAACCCCGAUCCUUGCGAGGAUCGUCUAGUGCAAUACGUAGACUAGGUAAUUUGCUUUUGGAAAAAUAAGGACAGUGCAGCAGGCCGCGGAUUUGUGCCUCUUUCUGAAAGUCGCAGAACAAGAACAAAAAGGCGACAACAAAGCGGAGACAAAGAAACGAAAACAAGCGCCAAACGAAGCCUGUCACGGAACAACCUUGAGGUGACUCACUGCCAAUACCACUGCCAAUACCACUGCCAAUUGGAGACUGAUCACUGCAUCAUCCUUGGCGCUCCCAAUAAGCGGAGUCACCGGAACAAGUGGGUAAGCCAUAUCCGGAAUGGAGCCGACGGAACGCGAAAUUGGAAUGCCGAAGAGGCAUCGCGAGCACAUCCGCAAGAAUCUGGAUUUCCUGGUUGAGAAGACGAACUACGGGCUGCUGGCAAAGGAGUGCGUGCUCCUGGGCAUCCUGUCCGUUCAGAUGCUGCGAAAUACGGAGGAUCUCAAUGGGGAGAUAUUCAACAUGGACGAUAAGGAUGUGCGCUUGGAAAGGCAUCGACGGCUCUUCUUGAAGAUCACCCAGCGAGGUCCCACCGCCUACAACCAGCUGAUCGAUGCCCUGCGCAAGGCCAAAUGUCAGGAAGCCGCCUUGCUAUUGGAAUCCGUCGAUGAGUCCGGCUCAAGGCCACCAUAUAUCUCGCUUAGCAAACGGAAUUCCUCCCGGAAGUCGGCCGAUAUUGUGGACACCCGUUCACCACAAGACUGCGAAGGAGCCAGUGUCAGCAAGAGACCCGUACACGAUCCGCUCGGACCACUCACCCCGUACACGGGUCCAAUUGAGGGACCCCAACGCGUCAUAAAGAAGUCGAACAAAAUAUACACGGAUGACGUGGUGGGCACAUAUAAGAUGCAAUCCCGUUCGCACCGCGGCGUUUUGCUAAUGGUUAACAUAAUGGACUUUCCGGAUCCAGCCCGCGAACGCAAGGGAGCCGAGGUGGACAGCAACUCGUUGAUUCACUUGUUUCUCGAACUGGGGUUUACGAUUUUCCCCUACGGGAACCUGAACCAGCAUCAGUUCUUCGAAAUUUUGAACAAGGUGACCUCGUCGUCGUAUGUGCAGAACACCGAGUGUUUCGUGAUGAUACUGAUGACACACGGCAAUCGUGUGCGCGAGAUGGACAAGGUGGAGUUUUGUGAUGGAUCUGUGGUCGAUAUGCAAAAGAUCAAGAACCACUUCCAAGCGAACAUCAGUCCUUUUUUGGUGCACAAGCCAAAGGUGCUUAUAUUCCCCUUUUGCCGCGGUGAUAGUUAUGAUUUGGGGCAGCCAAAGAAUCAAUACAAUCCCACGGAGCCAAUGUAUACAUUGCAACCGGAGGAGUUGCCUGACGCCCAGACAGAGGGCAUAUCCAGCUUGAGCACUAAUGUGCCAACUCUCGCAGACACUCUGGUCUGCUAUGCCAAUACGCCGGGCUAUGUUACCCACCGGGAUCCCGACAUGGGCAGCUGGUACAUCCAGAAGUUCUGCGAAGUGAUGGCCGAACAUGCCCACGACACAAGCCUCGAGGAUAUCCUAAAGAAGACACACGCUUCCGUGGGUAAUAGGCGUACCAAGAAAGGUUCGAUGCAGACCGGUGCCUUCGAUAAUCUUGGCUUCAACAAGAAACUCUACUUCAAUCCCGGUUUUUACAUCGAGUAGUCACAGCCACUGCCCAUGAUGAAAGCAGCAUUCCCGACUGAGUAUAUGCAUUUUUUUUAACCGUAUUUACGUUCUUAUCGUCGCAUUUAUGACCUUUAGAUUAUGUGCUUUUGUGCUCGCGUGCUUCUUUAUGCAUGUAUAUUUUGUAACAAAGACUCCUCUAAGUGUUUUUUUAAUACGUAUUGUAUACCUCAUUUGGAGGUACGAAAUUAUGUAAUUUAUGUGAUAACUGCCAGAAAUUUACAAAUAGUACAAUUCCAGUAUACACAGCCAGAUUUUUGAAAUCGAACAACUACUCAAAAUGUAAAGCAAUUCUCCAGUCUGAUCUUUGAUUGUGUACAUUUAGAAAAUAAAAUAAAA